CUCGUCCUGUGAUCAUCUGUGAUCGACUAACUGCACGUGUCGCGUACCGUUAAAAUCUAUUCUAAUUCAUUAUAGGAUGCUCGAAUUACGUUUAAAGCACUCUGUUACGUAGUUUUCAAAGGAAUAUUAAAAUGUUGGUCGAACCGAAGUUGACGAACACGUCACCGGAUUUCGGUAAACCACCCGAAGAACAGAACCCCUUACUACGAAGCUUGGGAUCUCCACAUACCGAUUCUUUUAAUUACAUGUUGGAGGACGGUCUCUCCGAGGCUGUUAAAGAGAAUCCACUUGUUUAUAUUCACCUACCGAACGAAGACAAGAUAGCUCUUUGGAUCGACGAUGUAUCCAUCCAUCAGCCUACCGUUCCAUCCGGUACGAUCGGCGUUAAGAGCCACAAAAUUUAUCCCACGGAAUGUCGACAGAGAGGCUGUACUUACAAAGGAAAACUGACGGUCCGAUUAGGAUGGUCGAUCAAUAAUAAAGUGCAGGAGGCUCUCGAAAGAGAUUUAGGAGAGAUCCCGAUCAUGAUUAAAUCUAACAGAUGCCAUUUAAAUAAAAUGAGCCCGGCAGAUUUAGUGGCUCAUGGCGAGCACGAACAAGAAUGGGGCGGAUACUUCGUGAUCAAAGGACUCGAAAGACUUAUAAGAAUGUUACUAAUGACUAGAAGGAAUUACCCGAUCGCUAUUAGAAGACCUGGCUGGAAGCAACGCGGUGUGCAGUUCAGCGAUCUCGGUUUGCUUCUGAGGAGCGUGAGAAACGAUAACACCACGUCUAACAACACUUUACACUACGUUACCAAUGGCUCCGCGAAACUGAUGUUCACGUACAGAAAAGUUUUAUACUACGUUCCACUGGUACUAAUGUUAAAAUGUUUGAUGGACGUCUCGGAUAUUUUUAUUUACAACGCGUUGACAGCCGGAUGCGAGGAGGAUCUCUAUUACAAGGGUUGCAUUUUGAACAUGAUGAGGGCGAUACACCAAGAGGAUCUGCAUAGCCAUGAGAAAUGCAAAGCUUACAUAGGAAGGAUAUUUAGAAUCAAAUUUUAUGAACUACCGCAGGAUGCCACCGACACGGACGUCUGUGACUUUAUCAUCAAACACUGUAUAGCCAUUCAUCUUGACAAUCCGACGGACAAGUUCAAUCUACUCGUUUUCAUGACGAAGAAGCUGUUCGCUCUGGCGAAUAAUAAAUGUGCCGUGGAAGGCGCCGAUGCUGUGAUGAUGCAGGAGUGCUUACUGGGAGGUCAUUUGUAUUUGCAAGUAUUAAAAGAGAAAUUGUACGGUUGGCUGACCGGGUUGAAAAUGGGUAUCUUAAAGCGAGCGAGAAGCGCUGGCAAUCGAUACAUUCUAAAUCUACAGGAAAUGUUGAACGUAAUGAAACACGGGAAUUCUCUGGAAGCGCAAAUGGAGAACUUUUUGUCUACUGGAAACAUCCGGUCCCCGAGUGGACUGGGAUUGAUGCAAAGCUCGGGACUCACGAUCGUUGCCGAGAAUAUUAACAGGAUGCGUUACAUGAGCCAUUUCCGUGCGAUACACAGAGGCUCUUUCUUUCAAGAAAUGAGGACCACAGAGGCUAGACAAUUAUUACCGGAUGCCUGGGGUUUCAUCUGCCCUGUACAUACGCCCGACGGUGCGCCCUGCGGCCUUCUAAAUCAUUUGACUAUGAACUGCAUCAUUACAAAACAUCCCGAUCAGAAAUUACUAGAUAACAUUCCUGUUAUAUUAAUGAACCUUGGAAUGGUCCCGCUGUCGAUUGCUGACAAUUGGAAGAACUCAUACACCGUAAUGUUGGACGGAAAAUUAAUUGGAUUAAUAGACGACAAUAUAAUCGCGAGAGUGACCGACAAGUUGCGAUUGUUGAAAAUCAAAGGGAAAGAGGUUCCGUACACGUUGGAAAUAGCAUUGGUACCAAAGAAAAGUGUACCGUCACAAUAUCCAGGAUUGUAUCUGUUCACGAGCGCAGCUCGCAUGAUGCGGCCAGUAAUGAAUUUAGCUGCCAAGAAGGUGGAAUAUAUUGGGACGUUUGAACAAGUCUAUUUAAACGUCUGUGUAACACCCGAAGAAGCUUACGAAGGGCUGACAUCGCAUCAAGAACUAUCGAAGACAGCUUUUCUAAGUAAUUUAGCAUGUCUCAUCCCGAUGCCAGAUUGCAAUCAAAGUCCGCGAAACAUGUAUCAGUGUCAGAUGGGUAAACAAACUAUGGGUACUCCGUCUCAUACGUGGCAAUUGCAAUCGGAGACAAAAUUAUACAGGCUUCAAACGCCGGCUACACCUUUGUUUCGGCCGGUACAUCACGACAAGAUUAAUCUCGAUGAUUUUGCCAUGGGUACUAACGCGAUAGUUGCCGUUAUCUCUUACACGGGAUACGAUAUGGAAGACGCGAUGAUCAUAAACAAGGCAGCGUACGACAGAGGUUUUGCCCAUGGAAUGAUCUACAAGUCCGAGUUCGUAGAUUUGAAGGAUCAACAGAGUUACUUUGCUAGGAAUCCCGAUAAACCUGAACUCGCGGAGAAGCUAGAUACCGAUGGCCUUCCCAUACCGGGUACAAUUAUUUCGGAGGGUGACCCAUACUAUUGUUAUUACGACGCGGAUCAGUCUACGUACUCUGUCGGGAGAUACCAUGGAAAGGAGAAUGCUUAUAUCGACACUGUGAAACUCUGUGGUACAUUACAUAGUAACGUUCCACGUAGAGCCUGCAUCACAUUUCGUAUUCCCCGUAAUCCAAGCGUCGGGGAUAAGUUUGCCUCGAGGGCUGGUCAAAAGGGUAUUUGCUCGCAGAAGUGGCCCGCGGAAGAUUUACCAUUCACGGAAACCGGCAUGAUUCCCGACAUCGUGUUCAACCCUCACGGUUUCCCAAGUCGUAUGACGAUAGCUAUGAUGAUCGAAGUGAUGGCUGGAAAGUCGGCGGCCGUGCACGGGUUAGUGCACGACGCGACGCCAUUCAGAUUUAACGAGGACGAUACCGCGGUCGAAUAUUUUGGGAAACUGUUGGAACGCGGUGGGUACAAUUAUUAUGGAACAGAGAGAAUGUACUCGGGUAUAGACGGAAGAGAAAUGACCGCCGAUAUUUUCUUCGGCGUGGUACACUAUCAACGUUUACGGCACAUGGUUUCGGACAAGUGGCAGGUGAGAAGCACCGGACCGAUCGACGUUCUGACGAGGCAGCCUAUCAAGGGUAGAAGAAGAGGAGGCGGUGUUCGAUUUGGAGAGAUGGAACGAGACUCUUUGAUAUCUCACGGUUGCUCGUUUUUGCUGCAGGAUCGUCUUUUCCAUUGCUCGGACAAGACUACUACUUUGGUUUGCCAAAAGUGCGGAACGCUACUGGGACCGGUAAUGGAGAUGACUUUUAGCGCGACAGGAAUACGAGAUAGGACGCGAUGCCGCCUCUGUGGCGAUGAUGAAUCUGUCCGGGAAAUCGACAUACCGUACAUAUUCCGAUACCUCGUGACACAAUUGACGUCUUGCAACAUCAAUGUAAAAUUAUCGUUCGCAGAGAGAUGAGUCGAACGUAUUACUAGAAUGUACUUUCCUCUAGCGAUAAUAAUACUUUAUUUUACCUAA